AUGAUUGCCUCUCAAUCUCAAACGUCAUCGAGAAAAUCACGUUCAAUAAGUCGUUAUUUUCUUGGAAAUAAACGUACAAGUGUUAAUAAUACCAAACCAAAUAACGAUAUUUCUCGUUGUUUAAUAUCAGUUGGAAUAUUUGAUAGUUAUAGUUUAUAUGCACAUGUUACAUUUUUUCGUGAUUAUUCAACAUGUCGACGUUUAUUAAUUAUAACAAAUAAAAAUGAACUUAUUAUUGGUAAAUAUAAUCAUCGACAUGUAUUAUUUAAAAUAAAAUAUCGUAUUGAUCUCAAUCAUAUAUGGUUAAGUGCUAAUAUAAAUGAUACUAUAGCAUCAGAAAUUACAUCAUUAAAUUAUUAUGAUUAUCAACGAUCAUUAAUUCUUGGUUGGCCAACAGUAGAAAAUUAUAUUGUAGAAUUUGAAACAAAAUCUAUUCGAGAAAUUUGGAAAGAUUAUAUUGAAUCAACUCUUCAUUUUUGGUGGCAAUUAAAUAGUUCAAAUAUUGAACAUGUUCGAGUUGUAAUCGAUCAAAAUUCUGAUACAGAUCACAAUAAUAAUACACCAUCGUUUCUAAUUCGUAAAGUUAUUAGCAUUCGACCAGAAGAAACAGUUCAUGAUCUUAUUAAAAAAUGUAUUGACGCAUUUCAUCUUCGAGAUCCAUUAGUUGAUAAUUAUAUAUUAUUCGUAACAAAUGAUCAAUCUAAUGGGAUAACUCAUACAAAUCUAAAUACACAUUCUUCUUCACAAUCAACUCAAAUAACAAAUAUUCCAUUAAUUGGUCAUGAAUAUCCUUAUUCAAUUAAAAUGAAACAUUUAAAAACUAGUAAUGCUAUACUUACAAAUCAUCGAUCAUUUGAUGGCGAUGAUGAUUUAGCACUUUCAACUAAUAAUCAACAUAAUUCAACUACCAGUUUAAAUAAUGUACCAACACCAAAUUAUCAUGAUUUUGAAUUACGCAAACGUGAUAUAUCAACAGAUAAUCAAUCAAGAAAAUAUCGAUUUUUUCAUAAACGAAAAACUAAAACACAACAACAAUUAACGGAUGGAUAUCAUUCAUCAUCAACACCCUAUCUUAGUUCACCAAAUCAAGCAAAAAGUUAUUCAUAUUUAUUCGGUCGAUCACUUGAUGAGUUAAUCUUAAGACAUAAUCAUCAAUUACCACCUGUAAUUAUGCAAUUAUUUGAAAUUCUUUAUGUGAAAGGACCAGAAACAACAGGAAUAUUUCGUAAAGUAGCUAAUACACGAUCAGUUAAAGAAUGUAUUGAUAAAAUUGAAAAUAAUAUCGCAUUACAAGAUGAUGAUUUACAUCCAAUAUUAGCUGCUGGAAUAUUUAAGCAUUUUUUACGUUCGUUACCUGAAUCAUUAUUUACUUCGACUCAAUAUGAUAAUUGGAAGAAAUGUCUUCGAUUUCCAACAUUACCAGAAAAGAUCUCAUUCGCAAGAAAAACUGUUCUAUCAACACUAUCCGAAGCAAAUCAUCUAUUAUUAAAAGGUUUUAUAUGUAUUCUUUAUCAUAUAUCUGAACAUGCUAGUACAAAUGGAAUGAAUCCAUUUAAUUUGGGUUUAUGUGUAUCGAAUAGUUUAUUUAAAUCUGAAACAACAACGAUAAGAUCAGGCAAACAAGAAGCUGAUGUUAUGUCAUCAAUUGUUGAAUUUUUAAUUCAAAAUUGUUCAUUAUUAUUUGGUUCAGAUAUUCUUACUUGUAUACCUGAUAAACGCAUUAUUGUUCAUCAAAUACCAAAUUUAACUCGUCCAACAGCUUCAUCCAUAGAAAGUCUUGAUGAAGUUGAAUCAUCUCCACAUUUACCUCUUGUUAAUCGUUCACAUGAUUCUGGUUUAGCUGCAUCUGAUCAACCAUUUAAUGAUGAUAGUUCAGAAAUUAGUGAACAAUUUCAACGUGUUGCAACUCCUUUAUCAAUACAUAUACCUGAUUGGACAUCAUCAAUUGUCUGUGGUAAAGGUAUUGUUUUAACAAGUAUAGUUACAAAUAAUUCCAAUUCAACAUUAACAACAUUAUCUGUUACACGACGUCGUAGUUCAAAAAAUACUUAUAAACCAUCGAAACAAUUUUUAGAACGAGAAAAAUUAACAAAUAAUACAACAGAUGAAUCUGAUCAUAAUUCAAGUAUACGUUCAUCAGCAACAACAAUACAUAAUAUAACAAUAGGAAAAGUAAAACGUUCGAAAUCUUUAUCACGUCAUUCAUCAUUAGGUAGUGCUGAACAUAAACAACAACAACAAAAACAAUUAACGAAAGAAUCUCGACGUUUAACAACAAAUGAUGUUAAACGUACAUCAUCAUUAAAACAAUUUCAUCAUGAUUCAGAUGAAGCUGGUGAUGAUGAUGAUGAAAAUGAAUAUAUGAAAAAAAUAAAAAAUAAAAAUUUAUUAAUUAAUGAACGACGAACAAAAUUAAAUAGAUCAAAAUCAAAUAUUAACAAGAAAAAUAUCGAAGAUGAAUGUUUAAUGACAAGAUCAACAUCUCCUGAAAUACAAGAUUUAGAUUUAACUACUGAAACACUAAGCACAAUAAAUCAACGUUUAUCAAAUUUAUCUUUAUCAAUGCCAGCAAGUUCAACAUUAUUUAAAUCAAAACAGCCUGAUCUUUCACUAACAGAAACAUCGACAUCAUUAAUGAAUUCUUCACAACAACCAAUUAUAGGUGAUAAUCGUUCUCGAUAUAUUAGUCCAUUGACAUCAACAACAAAUAUAAAUACACAAAAAUUACAUACAGAACGUAAUCGAACAUUUAUUCAUCAUUCGGAUUCACGUUCAUUUGUACUUGGUGAAGCAAUACAAAUGAAACCAAUUAAUAAUAUGAUUUUACCUAAUGAUAAACAUUAUUCAUAUCAUCGAUAUAAAUCUAAUGAUCAAGAACAACAAUCACGUAUUUCACAACCAAUUAUAAUUAAUCAUAAUCCAACGAAUAUUUCACGUUAUCAUUCAAUUGAAAGACGACUAACAACAUCAUCACCACAAAUGAUAAAAACAUUUUCAUUUGAUUCAAGUAAUGAAUUAGCUUUAGAUGAUAAUUCUCUGUCAGUACGUGAAAAAGCAAGAUUAUUUGAACAACAAAAAUUAUCAACUGGUCGUGAAAAUUAUGUAUGA